AUGGCUGAAGCCGAACAGCCCACGACGGUCGAUCAGAUCGAUGCCCCCACGACUGACAUGCGCGCUGAGCUAGACGACUUGAUCACACGAGCCGCCGCCAAAGACGCGACCAAGGACCACAAUGCUGCUUCCGAGCUCUACUCACAGGCCACCGAGCUCCAGGCUGCAUUGAACGGAGAAAUGUCCCCCGAAAACGCGGACCUGCUCUAUGCGUACGGCAAAUCUCUAUACAAUGUUGCUGUGAGCAAAAGUGAUGUUCUUGGUUCCAAGGUGGCUGGAGAUUCCCAGUCCUCAAGCAAUGCCCCCGCGGCGAAAGCUACGUCUUCUAAGACCGCUGCUACCGGUGGAAGCCUGGUCAAGGACGCCAUCUCAAGCUCCAUGACCCAGAAUGCUGCUACGCCCGCGAAAGAAGUCAACGCACAAUUGGACGCCGCGCCAUCGAAGCCCUUCUUCCAAUUCACCGGCGACGAAAACUUUGUCGACUCCGACGAGGAGGAGGACGAGGAGGAGAAUGGGGAAGCCGAGGAAGAGGAGGAAGAUGACUUUGAGAAUGCCUUUGAGGUCCUCGACCUGGCGCGCAUUCUCUACCUCAAGAAGUUGGAGGUUGCGGCGGAAAACAGCACGGACAAGGGCAAGGGCAAGGCUUCAGAUCUGCCCGCAGACUUGAGACACAUUAAGGAACGUCUUGCCGAUACCUACGACUUGCAGGCCGAAAUUUCUCUGGAGGGAGAGCGAUUCUCCGAUGCCGUGACUGACCUGCGUACUGCUCUCGACCUUCGCAACACCCUGUUCCCAUUCGAGGAUCCUUCCGUUGCCGAGUGUCACUACAAGCUCUCGCUGGCUCUGGAGUUUGCUUCAGUCCCGCAGCAGGGAGAAGAAGAUGACGGACAAGAGAAGACGGUGGACGAGGAGAUGCGGAACGAGGCUGCAACUCAGAUGGAGCACGCCAUCGAGAGCUGCAAGGUUCGCAUGGCUUCGGAGGAAAAGAAGUUGGAGGCCGACAAAGAGAUGGACGAGGAUAAAGUGACGGCUGCAAAGCGGAAGAUUUCCAAUGUGAAGGAAAUCAUUGCGGACAUGGAGCAAAGACUCAUCGAUCUCCGUCGGCCACCGGUCUCCAUCGAGCAGAAGGAGCAAGAAAGCGAGGCCAUGCUCAAGGGUAUCCUCGGCCAGAUCGUCGGUCAAUCAGUGACGGAUCAACAGGCUCGCCUCGACGCCGUCAGCAAAGAAGCCACCGAUCUGUCCUCGCUAGUCCGACGCAAGCCUGCUGCUUCCCAGUCCUCUCAACAGAGCUCAUCCAAGCGCCCUGCGGAGGACGGUUCCGCGGAUGGCGAAUCGAAGCGUGCCCGGGUUGAAGAUGCCUGA